CAGCUAGAGGCUGGGUGAGAAGCAGCAGCAGGCGGUUCUAUACAGCGGCUCCCUUGCCAGGCGGAGUCCUGCAGGUGGCAGUGCCCCAAGCCUGUGCAUCCUGCAGCUGAGCCCUACCAAUAAAGUUAUUGUUUAUGCUGCCCGGUUACAAUAUGGCGGCUCCCAUGGAGAGAGCGUGAAUCUCUGCUGCCUGCUUCGGGUUCCUGCUGCAAGCGCCUCUGUGGCACCAAAGUUCUGGAACUUGAAGAGUUCCUAUUGCCACAGAAAUCUGCGGAUUCCUUUCUGUACUUGAACAUCAACAUUUCAUCUUCAGAGACUGCUGUCUCAGUGACAACACUGGGGAAGAAAGUAUUUUGUGGGCAUUAUCAACAAACCAUCUCUGAAGCCCUGUGUCUCCAGACAUUUACUGGGAGAAAAACCAGAUCAGACCCAGCUGCCUUGUACAUACCAAACAACUCACUGUUUCGUCUUACAAGAGUCAUGGACAGUUAUUUCCAUCUCAUUCUUCUGGGGAGAAAAAUGCCAGCCUCUUUAAGAAAACUACAGCAAAUGGCUAUUUAUCUGGGGCUGUUAAGUGGUGGGGGAUGUACUGUGAUGUAUUAUCUUAUGCAAAAAAGUUUUGCCAGGACACAGCAUUAUCAGCUGGCUAUUGAGCAGCUUAAGAAUGACCCUGUAGCCUUGGAGGCACUGGGGGCCCCCCCUCUUAAAGUUCACAACAUCAGACUGACAGACAAGAGUAAUCGCGUUGACAUGGCCAGAGCACAGUUAAAGAUACCAGUAUCUGGAACAAAAUCAGCUGGAUAUCUCCAUACCAAUUCAGUAAGAGACCUCUCCCUUAACUGGUGAUGUAAGUCAGUGGCCAUACCUUCACUGAACUAUCUUUACAAGGAAAGACAACGAGACCUAGGCUGGAGAGAGAAAUCACUAUUAUAUGAUUUACUAAAAAUGAAAUAUGACUUGCAAUUUAAAAAAAAUAUAUUUGCACUCCUAUAGCUCAUUUAGUGAAUAAGGCAGACUAUAGGCACAAUAUAUGUCUAUCAAUGUUUCAAAAGCCACCAUCAAAGUAGACUGAGAAAUACCAGAAGUCAGUCAGUCAUUUUACUUAUCUGGGGAGCGAGCCGUGCAGUGAUAGUGACACCAUGCUAGAUGCCAAGCAACUAAUAUCAAACGCAACAAACAACUUCCAAAUCUUUUCAAGUUCAUGAAAAGGUAGCAUGAUCAGCACCGAUACAAAAAUACAUUUUUUUUAAUUUAAUUUUUUAAAACACUGGCAUCAUGUCUGGCCUACUCUAUGGAGCAGAGACAUGGAAAUCUACAACAGCAAUUGAUGAGAAGUUCAACUUAUUCCAAAGUAAAUGCCUACAGAAGAUGUUCAGAAUCUAUUAGAGUUUAUUACAACAUCAGAUAUUCUAAGCAGAACACACCAACUUAAAACUUCAAAUGUGGCAAAAGGAUGGACAUAUUUAGGACAUGCUUUAAGGAUGCCAUCAGCUUGACUUCCACAUGAAGUGAUAACAUGGAUACCAACUGGCAAGAGAGGUAACCUAGAGAAACAUGAUGUAGAACAGUAGAGAAAGAAGCUAAAUUCAUCAGCAUGACACUCAGAAGCCUGAACAGACCAGCACAAGACCAAGAUAAAUGGCAAAAACUGAUGGAUAUCCUCUGCAUCUCAGGGUGCAGGAGUAGAAGGAAAGAAAAGAUAGGCACUUCUGAGACACGCAGUAGGACUAGUGGUGAUAGUGAACGAGUCAAAACAAUCCCUCCUAGUCUAAACUCUGAAGAACUGUGUGAGAAUUUAAAUAUUGCCAUCCAAAGGUCAUAUUGCAAUUUUGAAACAGUUGAGCCAGCCUCUCUUUCUGUCAGGUGACCCUUUCAUAGCCACAGAUACAAAGAGUACUGAAGUCUUCUUAGAAUGAAAUGGUUUAGGAAACCAAACUCCAGUCUGAACCCCAUUCUACACUGUUCCUCUCUAUUUCCAUGUAUAACUUCAUGUUAUACCCUGAACUUACACACAGAACAGUUCCACUCAUUUCUAUCACCAUUCUCUGCUCAUUCAUACUGGAAUUUUCAAGAGAAGCCUUAGGAAGUUAAAUCACUGAGAGUUGAUCAACUAACUUCGGUAGGCCCCUUUGAAAAUCCCAGGCUUAAGUACUUUACAUCGUCACUGUGAUCAUCCCAUUGCCUUUCAAUUCCCUUUUUAAAGAAGGUGACAAGAUGUAUACUAUGUUCCAGCUGCAGCUUCGCAAGGGUCUCAGGAGAGCCAUUAUUUGUUCUUGGAUCAGAACAGGUUAACACCACGGUACCUGGGUUCCACCCUCAGUUAUCCAGGACCCUGGAGGAAGGGCUCUCACGCAGCUUUUGAGGACAAACUAAGAAUUUUAACCAUCUUAGUUUGUUUUAUGGAAUCAGGAUUCCUAGAAACAAAGUUCCCUCUAUUUCCCUGUAAGAUUCUGGUAAUGCUUCCCUUUAAUUUUAAUGGUGUCUCUUAAUCUUCUCUGAUAGAUGAACAUAUGUUCAUUUAAGGGCUCUCAAUAGUCCAUGCCUUAUGUAUUAUUCCUUCACACACCAUAUUUCCUCUAAAUCUUUUUUUAAAAGCCAGAGAAUGGAGAUUGCCUUGGAGACACUAUAAGUAGUGGCAAGUAACUGUAGUAUAACAAUUGGGAGCAAACUGGACUGUGUGUCUAUUACAUUUAAAAGCCCUACUUUUGGUCUUUCCUCCCUUACAAAUCUAUUAGUAUACAUAAACUUGCAUACCUGCUGAUCUUGAAAGAGGUAGAGUAGGGUCAUAGCAGUACAGUACCUUCCUCUCCCCUGCAUGUACUGGGGAAAAAAGGAACCUGACUUCUUACCCAAUCAGUUAAUUUCUACAUAUGGUUUCCAUUAGGCACAGCCCAUCCCACAGCUGCUAAUUUAAAGAGGGACACAGGUGCAUUAGGAGGAAGCCAAAAGAACUGGGGAAAGAUUUGAAACAGCUAACAGUUGCUAAAAGACAAGAUAACCUCAGUAAAGGCUCCUGCAUGAAACCCCCUCCUUUGGUCUUUCCUUACAAUGAAGUAAGAGAAUCUGAAGCAGAAAUCCUAGGUUUGCUACUUCAUUUUGUUAAAUAAUUCAUGCAUCGUAACUAUAUUGUGUUAGCAAUUGCUAAACAAACCUAAUCCAGUCCUUGGCCACUAACUAGUUUUUAUUUCUAAAACAAUCUUUUAACAGUGCAUUUAGAAAUGACAGAAUCACUAGUCUGGUAAAUAAAAUCCACUCUUUGUCACCCAUACAGUUCAGAAGUAACAAACGCCUCAUCUUGCUAAAUACUGGAUUCCCUUUCCCAUCAGUUCUACUAAAAUGGGUUUAUUCUUUAGGGGGGUUUGCCUCAUUCCUGUGCAGGAUCUUACUAACUUCCAUAGUAGAAAAUUUAUAAACCUUGCAGAAGGGAGGUAGCAAGACAAACAGCCUGACAAUCGAGGCAAGAUUAUCUUUAUUUAGAAGCAAUUGUAUUAAUAUUUAUUGUCUCUUUGUAAAUAUAAUUUGCUGGGAUGAUAAAAUAUUUAUAUCCAUAUUUGUUUGCUUAACUAGGACCUGGAUGAUUGCCUAGUUAAUAUUUGCAAUGUUGUUGUAGCCAUGUUGGCCCCAGGAUAUGAGACAUUAGAUGGGUGAAGUACUAUCUUUUAUUGGACCAACUUCUGUUGGUGACAGAGACAAGCUUUUGAGCUAACAGAGCUCUUCA